AGAUUCGGUCCCUAAAUGCCCGUAUCUCAACAACUCUCAUCGCUUAUUGCGACGCGGAUUACGCGGGUGACGUGGACACAAAGCGGUCCACAACGGGGUACGUCUUCCUGAUGUAUGGGGGGCCGGUGAGCUGGUCGAGUGGGCUGCAGCCAACGGUGGCAGCCUCGACGGUAAAGGCGGAGUACAUGAGCGCAGCGCAAUCGGUGAAGGAGGCGCUGUGGUUCCGCAAACUCGGGGGAGACCUGGAAUUGGACUUUGGGACGGUCCUGAUCUACUGCGACAACCAAGGGCCAAUACGGCUCCUCAAGCACCCGAUCGCUUCACAGCGGUUGAAGCACAUUGACGUGAUUCACCACUUUGCACGGGAGCGUGUGGCACGCAAGGAGGUCGCGUUCGCGUACUGCGGGACGGAGGACAUGAAGGCGGACAUCAUGACCAAGGCGUUGGCACCGGGGAAGUUCAAGAAGUGCAAGAGCGAGAUAGGAAUUGCAUAA